UUGCCCGGGGGCCGUAAAGCGCGGAAGGUCGCGGUCUCGGCUUCCCCGGAACUUUUUGCUCGCUUCGCCCCGCCCCCUUCCCAUCCCCGAAUCCCGCUUUCCGGCCCGCGGCGACCCCCGGCGACCGUUGUGGCUGCCGCGUUGCUCCCGCCGGGCUGUAGCUGAGCGGGGAGCCCGUGGGGGCCGGUGAGUUUGAAUUCCUGAGAUCUAGUUGGUGAGAGACGUGAUGUUCUACCGGUUGCUGUCGAUUGUUGGAAGACAAAGAGCCAGCCCAGGAUGGCAGAACUGGUCCUCUGCAAGAAACAGCGCGUCAGCUGCCGAGGCGCGUUCCAUGGCCCUGCCCACCCAGGCACAGGUGGUCAUCUGUGGAGGUGGAAUCAUGGGCACAUCGGUGGCCUAUCACCUCUCCAAAAUGGGGUGGAAGGAUAUCGUCCUUUUGGAGCAGGGCAGGCUGGCUGCUGGCUCUACCAGGUUCUGUGCUGGCAUCCUGAGCACUGCCAGGCACUUGACCAUUGAGCAGAAGAUGGCAGACUACUCAAGCAAACUCUACCAUCAGUUAGAGCAAGAAACAGGGAUCCAAACAGGUUACACAAGGACAGGCUCAAUCUUUCUGGCCCAAACUCAGGAUCGACUGAUCUCCCUGAAGCGCAUCAACGCAGGGCUGAAUGUUAUAGGUAUCCCUUCUGAGAUCAUCUCCCCCAAGAAAGUGGCCGAGCUUCACCAUCUCCUCAACGUGCACGACCUGGUGGGGGCCAUGCAUGUUCCUGAGGAUGCAGUGGUGUCUUCUGCUGACGUGGCUCUUGCCCUGGCAAGUGCUGCCUCCCAAAAUGGUGUUCAGAUCUAUGACCGGACAUCUGUUCUUCAUGUAAUGGUCAAAAAAGGUCAAGUUACUGGAGUGGAGACAGAUAAAGGACAGAUUGAAUGCCAGUAUUUUGUCAACUGUGCUGGCCAGUGGGCAUACGAGCUGGGUCUGUCCAACGAGGAGCCGGUUAGUAUCCCGCUACAUGCCUGCGAACACUUCUACCUCCUGACUCGCCCCUUGGAGACCCCUCUGCAGAGCAGCACACCAACUAUUGUGGAUGCUGAUGGAAGAAUUUAUAUUCGGAACUGGCAGGGUGGCAUCUUGUCUGGGGGCUUUGAGAAGAACCCGAAACCAAUUUUCACUGAGGGCAAGAACCAGCUGGAGAUUCAGAAUCUACAGGAAGACUGGGAUCACUUUGAGCCUCUGUUGAGUUCCCUUCUGAGGAGGAUGCCAGAAUUAGAGACUCUGGAGAUCAUGAAGUUGGUGAAUUGCCCAGAGACCUUCACACCAGACAUGAGGUGCAUCAUGGGCGAGUCUCCUGCAGUGCAGGGCUACUUUGUCCUGGCAGGAAUGAACUCUGCUGGCCUUUCAUUUGGUGGAGGAGCCGGAAAGUACCUUGCUGAAUGGAUGGUACAUGGUUAUCCCUCAGAAAACGUUUGGGAAUUGGACCUGAAACGUUUUGGAGCCCUCCAGAGCAGCCGCACCUUUCUCCGCCACCGGGUCAUGGAAGUCAUGCCUUUGAUGUAUGAUCUGAAGGUUCCCCGCUGGGACUUCCAGACUGGUAGGCAGUUACGCACCUCUCCUCUCUACGACCGGCUGGAUGCACAGGGAGCCAGGUGGAUGGAGAAACAUGGAUUUGAGAGGCCAAAGUACUUUGUUCCCCCUGGCAAGGACCUCCUGGCAUUGGAGCAGAGCAAGACUUUCUAUAAGCCAGAUUGGUUUGACAUCGUGGAGUCUGAAGUCAAGUGCUGUAAGGAAGCUGUGUGUGUCAUUGACAUGUCCUCUUUCACAAAGUUUGAGAUAACAUCCACUGGGGAUCAGGCUUUAGAAGUUCUACAGUACCUCUUCUCCAAUGACCUGGAUGUGCCCGUGGGCCACAUUGUGCAUACCGGCAUGCUCAACGAGGGUGGAGGGUAUGAAAAUGACUGCAGCAUAGCACGACUGAACAAGCGCAGUUUCUUCAUGAUCUCUCCAACCGACCAGCAGGUCCACUGUUGGGCCUGGCUUAAGAAACACAUGCCGAAAGACAGCAACCUGCUCCUGGAGGACGUCACCUGGAAGUACACAGCCCUCAAUCUGAUUGGCCCUCGAGCUGUGGAUGUGCUGUCCGAGUUGUCCUAUGCCCCUAUGACUCCAGAUCACUUCCCAAGCCUCUUUUGCAAGGAGAUGAGCGUGGGCUAUGCAAAUGGGAUCCGGGUGAUGAGCAUGACGCACACAGGAGAGCCAGGAUUCAUGCUCUACAUCCCCAUAGAGUAUGCCCUGCAUGUAUACAAUGAAGUGAUGAGUGUUGGCCAGAAAUACGGAAUCCGGAAUGCUGGGUAUUAUGCUCUUCGCAGUCUCCGAAUUGAGAAGUUUUUUGCCUUCUGGGGUCAGGAUAUAAAUAACCUCACCACGCCCCUGGAAUGUGGACGAGAGUCUCGGGUGAAAUUAGAGAAGGGCAUGGAUUUCAUUGGUCGCGACGCCCUCCUGCAGCAGAAGCAGAAUGGAGUGUAUAAACGCCUCACCAUGUUCAUCCUGGACGACCAUGACACAGACCUAGACCUUUGGCCUUGGUGGGGCGAGCCCAUUUACCGGAAUGGGCAGUAUGUUGGCAAGACCACCAGCAGUGCCUAUAGCUACAGCCUGGAGCGCCACGUUUGCUUGGGCUUUGUGCACAAUUUUUCUGAGGACACGGGGGAAGAGCAGGUGGUGACAGCAGAUUUCAUCAACCAGGGAGAGUAUGAGAUUGACAUCGCGGGAUACCGCUUCCAGGCCAAGGCCAAGCUCUACCCCAUCGCCUCCCUCUUCACCCAGAAGCGCCGAAAGGAUGACAUGGAGCUGAGUGACUUACAUGGAAAGUGAUGCCACCAGGGCAGCCUCACCUCCUCCCCAUCAUCUUGUCCUAGAGUGGGCGUCACCUUGGAGCUUCUCUUCCUUCCGCCUCCGUUCCUCUUCUGGAGCCUUUGCCUCCCAUCUCUUAUCUCCUUGAUAUAAUUUUGAACUUGACCUACUUUAAACUUUUUUGCUCUGCAGCCUUGUCCUUCCACCUCCUCCUCCUAAUAUUCACUCCAGGCUCUUCUUCCCUUCCCACCCCCCACUCAGCUUCUCAUGGUGGCAGGAGGUGUGUCUGACAGGCAGGACAGAAGCAAGCUCCACUGGGGACAUGAGUGAUGGUGACAGCUGCUUUCAAAUUCUGCAUCUCAAAGCAGGGCAAGCCAGGGUGGUGCAGGUCUCGGGGCACGAGUCCCUCUCCCUUGGGUUCCAUUUUCUUGGAGCAGCCUAUUAGUUCUGGUGGGGUUGCCGUGUGUCGGAUGCAGCCCUGAGGGGCAGCUCGUGCCUGCAGCCCGGCAGCUCGUUCUCCUGUUCUGCUGUGCUGUGGGCUGGCACUGGAUACUUCUGGCAAGAGGAUGAUCAUCUACCUCACUGAUGAGAGGCAUCGCAUGGACGUUCUCUGGUCUGUAGUGGAGAUAAGCAGUUAACCUAGCACCAUCCUCAUCCUCCCUGCAGAAGCCAUUAGCAGACCUUUGGGCCAGGGCAGCCUCCCUAAUAAUUUUCUUCAUCUCUUGCUAAUCUCUGUAAUAAGGUUGCUUUUUCUUUCUUAGUUGAGUAAACAAGUAAGCCACAGUGUCUGAAAGGGAAAAACCAUGUUGCCUUGUGUGCUGCUUUUCCCAGUCAAAAGGGUCUGACCUCAGAAAGUCCCCCACCAGUGACGCUGAGUGUUCUGCUAUGGAAACAAUGCUGCUUUUCUCUCAGCUGUCCAAAGUUCAGCCGUCCCUCCCACCCCUUCUACCAGUGCGUUUGACUUUGUCAGGUCAGCCUCACUUGUCUCCUUCACAGUUGGCCCAUUAAGUCAUAUUUCUCUCCCUUUAGAAUAGGGAGGGGAAGGGAUCAGGUGUGUUGUCCUGAGCCUUUCAACCUUGCGGGCUGUGCUGAGUUCCAGAGAGCUGCCGGAAUUCCAGGUUUGACUCUUCAGCACAGAGCAGAGCUACACAGAGGUGACCCACAUUAGUCUACUGAGAGUUCUGAGUCCAAGGGGUGUACGUUGCAUAAGGCUAGAGACCGCUUUUCCUCCUUUCCCCCCAGGCUCUUUGUUUCCCUCCCCCCACCCUUCCAUAUCCUCUGGAGCAGAAGACAAUGUGGGUGCCCAGGAGUGCCCUGCGCUUUCAGGCAGUGUGUCUGUUUUCCCAAGGUGAAACUUAGAUAUCAUGGACUGUUGUCCAGCCUCAGUGCUUCAUUUUCCCCUUGCAUAUCAACUGCCCUAAUCUGACUUUAAGUGCAAAAAACUGCAAUAAGACAUUUUGGUUAGUAAAACUGUAGCCUUUGGUGUGUGGGUAUCUUGGAAGCGUUAGCUCUGAUAGGUCUGUAAGUGUAUUAAGGGAGAUCCUUCCAUUUCAUUAGAGCAGCUUAAAAUGCUCAGGUGUCUGCCUUCUCUGGUGUUUCUUUGGGAUCUCUGUUUAGACACUUACGCUGGCUCCUUCUAGACAUUUCUUGCCACUUCCCCAACUAGACCACUCCUAGUGAUUACUGAGUUUAGUGUCCACCUUUGUGGAAGCUUCUAGUUGGCUUAUUAAAGGAGCAUAUGAUUAGAAUUCUGUUUGGAGGUCUAGUUGUCUUGGA